AUGAAUAAAAAAAAGCUUAAUGAUCAUUUAAGGACAGUUAACGACUUAAACUUAAACACUAUUUCAGAUUAAACUCAAUCAUUUAUAUUGAAGGAUUCUCAAAUUAUGAAAUUGACAACAUAAAUUGAUCAAUAGAAUCAAAGAAUCAAUAGAUUAAUAAAAACAAUUGAUGAAUCUAGAUAUGAAUAACAUAAAAAAUUUAAUCACCAUUUUUAAGAACUAUUCAAUUCUAAUACUAAAUAAUACAAUAAAGAAAUUCUAAAGGAAUUAUCUGGAUUAAAAUAGCAGUUUGAUAAAAUUGAGGAAACUUAGUCAUAUUAAGCAACCAAAUAGAAAUCUCAUUAUUAGUCACAUUUACCUCCAUUGUAAUCUUCCUCCUUUGAAUAAUAAAAUUCUGAAAAAAAAGUUCAAAAUCUUUAGAAGUAAACAUAAAAGUUAAAAAAUCGAGGAAUAAAAAGUUCAUCAAUAGAUGAAAAAGAAAUCCAGGAUUUUAAUUAAUAAAUUUAGCCAAAAAAACAAUCUCAUAGCGUUCAUAAAAAAUCUAAAACCAACUAUACGAAAACUGAAGUAUCCCCUCCUUCAUCACCAAAAAAAAAGAUAUCAAUUAUGUCAAAGUAAAGAGAAAGAAUAUAAAAACUUGAUAAUACCAAUAAUUUUCAUCACUUUUAAGAUCCACUUAUGAUUCCCACUAAAUAACCUUUUGAAUAUGAGAAAUUAACAACAAAAUCUCAAUAAAAAAAAUAUUUCAAUUUAAAAAAAUCGAGAUAGUUGUUAAGAAGAUUUAAAGCUAUUUCAAUAUGUGUUUGGCUGUCUUAAACAUUAUUAAAAUAAUGCAAAAAGAUUUGGCAUGAAAAUUAUAUGAUUUUUAAAGAUUGGUCAUAAGAAUUGAUUGGUCGAUUUGAUUCCUAGUUUGUAAGUUUCUUUUAUGUAAUUUAGAGAAUUAUUAAUUUGUUGUAGAUAAGUUUUAUAGAGAAUGUAUGA